AUGUUGCUGAAGCUGGUCACCCUGACGCUGGCUGCCGAGCUGCACCUCGCUCUGGCCCAGCCGCCGGCACCUGCCGACGACGGAGCGCCGCCGCCCCCCGCCGCCGUUGCCGCCGCCGCCCCGCCACCGCCCCGACCCUGGCCAGGCCCUCCCCCCGGGCCGCCUCGCCGCCCCUCGCCGCCUCGCGGGGCCAGCGGCGUCGUGCGGCGCCUCGACCCGACGUACGCGGGGGGCGGCAAGGCGGGAUACGUCCUCUACGCGGGGGGCCAGCGCUUCCUUCUCGACCUGGAGCGCGACGAGGCAGUGGGGGCGCGGGCGCCGCGGGCCGGCGGACCCGCGCGCUGCUACUACCGAGGCACAGUGGAUGGCAGCCCGCGCUCCUUGGCUGUCUUCAACCUCUGUGGCGGCCUCGACGGCUUCUUCGCCGUGGGCCGCUCUCGCUACACCGUCAGACCGGCGCGGCGUGACGGGGAGGCAGACGGCCCACGGAUUUACGGGGAGGGCCCGGCCCGCGCCCCGCACCUCUUCCGUCGAGACCGAUUCAGUUUUGAGACGGUGCCGGCCCGCACUAGCUGCGAGACUCGCGACUUGGCCGGAGCGGCGGAGGCCGCGGCCGGGGCCAGUCGGCGGCGGAGACGUCGCUCCGUCUCCCGGGCCCGGCAGGUGGAGCUGCUGCUGGUAGCCGACGCCUCCAUGGUCCGCAAGUACGGAAAGGGGCUGCAGCACUACCUGCUCACCUUGGCCUCCAUCGCCUCCAGGCUCUAUGCCCACGCCAGCCUUGAGAACCACGUCCGUCUGGCCGUGGUAAAGGUGGUGGCCCUGGGGGAGAAGGAGAAGGGGCUGGAGGUCAACAGGAACGCCGCCACCACCCUCAAGAACUUCUGCAAGUGGCAGCACCAGCACAACCGCCUCGAUGAUGACCACGACGAGCACUAUGAUGCCGCCAUUCUCUUCACCCGCGAGGAUUUAUGUGGGCAUCAUUCAUGUGAUACUCUGGGAAUGGCAGACGUUGGGACCAUAUGCUCUCCUGAGCGCAGCUGUGCAGUGAUUGAAGAUGACGGCCUCCAUGCAGCUUUUACAGUGGCUCACGAAAUUGGUCACUUACUUGGGCUUUCUCAUGAUGACUCCAAAUUUUGUGAGGAGAACUUUGGUUCCAUGGAAGAUAAGCGCCUGAUGUCCUCCAUUCUGACUAGCAUUGAUGCUUCAAAACCCUGGUCCAAAUGCACUUCAGCAACUAUUACGGAAUUCUUUGAUGAUGGUCAUGGUAACUGUUUGCUGGACCAACCAAGAAAGCAGAUCCUGGGCCCUGAGGAGCUUCCAGGACAAACCUACGAUGCCAUUCGUCAGUGCAAACUGGCGUUUGGACCUGAAUACACCGUGUGUCCUGGUAUGGAUGUGUGCUCUCGCCUCUGGUGCGCAGUCGUGCGCCAAGGCCAGAUGGUUUGUCUGACUAAGAAACUGCCUGCUGUGGAGGGAACACCAUGUGGAAAAGGGAGGAUCUGCCUCCAGGGAAAAUGCGUUGACAAAACCAAGAAGAAAUACUACUCAGCUUCAAGCCAUGGUAACUGGGGGUCCUGGGGACCUUGGGGACAGUGCUCCCGUACCUGUGGUGGAGGAGUUCAGUUUGCUUAUCGUCACUGCAAUAACCCAGCUCCUAGAAACAAUGGCCGGUACUGCACUGGCAAGAGGGCCAUCUACCGCUCUUGCAACAUCACACCCUGCCCAGUCAAUGCUAAAUCUUUUCGACAAGAGCAGUGUGAAGCAAGGAAUGGCUAUCAGUCUGAUGCAAAGGGUGUCAAGACAUUUGUUGAAUGGGUCCCCAAGUAUGCUGGAGUACUUCCCGGAGACGUUUGCAAGCUUACCUGCCGAGCCAAAGGAACUGGCUAUUAUGUGGUAUUUUCUCAGAAGGUAACUGAUGGUACUGAGUGUAGACCCUACAGUAACUCAGUCUGCGUCCGGGGAAAAUGCAUAAGAACUGGCUGCGAUGGCAUCAUUGGUUCAAAGCUCCAGUAUGACAAAUGUGGAGUGUGUGGAGGAGACAAUUCCAGCUGCACAAAAGUCAUGGGAUCUUUUACCAAAAGGAGCAAGGGCUACACAGAUGUAGUGAAAAUCCCAGAAGGGGCGACCCACAUCAAAGUUCGGCAGUUCAAGAAUAAGGACCAGAGCAGGUUCACUGCUUACCUGGCACUGAAAAAGAAAAACGGUGAGUACCUUGUCAAUGGAAAAUACAUGAUCUCCACUUCAGAAACUAUCAUUGACAUCAAUGGGACUGUCAUGAACUACAGCGGCUGGAGUCACAAAGAUGAUUUCUUGCAUGCAAUGGGACACUCUGCAACAAGAGAGGUUCUUAUUGUGCAGAUACUUGCGACGGAUCCAACUCAACCGGUGGAUGUCCGCUAUAGUUUCUUCGUGCCAAAGAAGCAAGGGCAAAUGACUAACUCUGUCACUAGCAGUGGCAGCAGCAGCAGCAAAGUAACUCCAGAGCUCACGCAACCCCGCUGGGUUACGGGGCCGUGGCUUUCUUGUUCUCGAACGUGCGACACAGGAUGGCACACCAGGACUGUCCAGUGCAAAGACGGGCAUGGAAAAUUAGCUAAGGGAUGUCUUCUCUCUCAGAGACCAUCAGCAUUUAAACAGUGCUUGUUGAAAAAGUGUUAA